UUGCCAUCCUUGCCUUGGCAUUUGGCCUCGCCACUGCCGGCACCAUUAGCAACUACCCCUCUAUGCCAAGUGGAGGCGGUGGCUCCGGAUCUGGUGGCUAUGGAGGAAGCGACGGUGGGAGUGGCGGGUAUGGUGGUGGGUAUGAAAAGCCCAAGUGCCGUGACGUCUACGAUACUGUCCAGGAGAAUCAAUGCGAGCCCUACACUGAACGCGUUUGCCAAACCACCCAAAAGGAGACAUGCCAGGAUGUGGCUGAUCAGAACUGCCGUGCCAUCACCACCACCAAGCAGAUCCGGAAAUGCUUUGACGUGUCCGAGAACAUUUGCAGCUUGAAGGAGCAGGUCAAAUUCGACACGAUCCAGGUUGGAUUUACUGUCCAGAAAUGCCGCAAGGUCAAAGAACGUGUGUGUGAUACCGUCUAUGAAACCCAGAUGACCACCAAGGAGGACUUUCAAUGCUUGGAAAUUGAGAAUCCUGUGUGUGUGAACGAGGAGCGCGCCAUCGUCGACAAGACUUGCCGCACCACCACCCAAUUCGAUUGCAAGCAGACCGGCGGUGGUUAUGGUUCCGGCUCUAGCAGUGGUUAUGGCUCUUCUGGCAAUGCUUUCGGUUCAGACUCUUCUUCCUCUGGUGGAUACGGCAGUGGAUCCUCUUCAUCCGGUGGUUAUGGUGAUAGCUCUUCAUCGUCCGGCGGCUAUGGUGGGGAGGUGGAACAACCCCAAGUGGUCUGCAACCGCCGCCAGGAGACCAAAUGCUACGAUACUCCCCGCACCGUGAAUGUUCAACGUUGCACCCGCAAGGCCGAGAAGGUGUGCGAGAAGGUGACUCUGCUCAGUCCCGUGGCCCAAGAGCGACAGAACUGCCGCAACGAGGACAAGAAGGUGUGUGAAUUGGAGGAACGCACUCAGCCCAAGCAGGUCAAGAACUACGUGUACACCAAGCAAUGUAACCCCGUGCCCCGCCGCAUGUGUGAGAACGCCGAUGUGGCCCAACUGGUGCCUUCAUGUGUGGCCAGUACCCGCAAGCAAUGCUCUUACUCGCCCGUCGAGGCCUGCGAGGACACUCCCAAGCAACACUGCUUCAAGGUCUCCCGACAAGUUCGCCGACAGGUCUGUGAUGGAUCCAACGGUUCUGGCAACCAGGGCUCUGGCAUGACUUCUUCCUUUGCCAAUGCCAUGGGCUUUGGUUCUUCUGAUGGCAACGACUUCAGCUCUGGUUUCGCCUCUUCUGGAUUCGGUGGUAGCAGCUCUUCUGGCAGUGCCUUCAGCUCCGGAUCCCACGGUGUUGGUUCCUCUAGCUCUACCUCUGGUGGAUCUACUGGAUUUGAAAGUGAAUAUUAGUGACUCUUCUUUUAUGAUCUUACGCUAUGAAACUUAUAUAAUAAAUAUCAGACCACCAA